GUUCAUAGAUUUCAGUUAUAGAAGGCAUGCACACAAUGACUAUACUUAAGAAGGUGACAGCGGUACCGCUCGUUUUAAUCCUGUUGAUAAAUGCAGCAGUCAUUAUCGUUGCAAUACUUCUGUUGCCUAAACUCAGAAAUCAUAAAUUAACAGUCGACAACAGUAUUCUCACUGACCUUGAACGCAUUGGUGUACACUAUGUCGAUAAUUUAGUACCUGUCAAUGAGCCAUUAGACAGUGCAUUCUCUCAGGAAGUUUUUAUAUCAACGAUUAGUUUAUCUGGUAUUGAACUUCUGAUGUCCGUUCUAGUGCUGCUGAUCUUGCUGAAAGCCAAAGAAGGUUGGAGAUCAAUAAGGAUGGUACUUUUGGCAAUUUGUAUUGUUGGUGUAAGCAUUUUCAUUCUUUUGAGCGGCUGGGUGUUCAUGACCAUUUGUGACAAUAUAUUAAAAUCACCUGUAACAGAAUGA